AUGUAAGUUGGAAAUAAUGUGGUAGAAAAUCAAAAGAAAGAAGAAAAUGAAGAAGAAUCAAAAGGAGUUGUGACAAUGAAAAGAAGAUUGAUAGCUUCGCUUGAUCUUUUCUAAUUUAUGCCCGUUCCUAAAACUGAAAUGGUCUCUUCUAAAAGAAGCUUAUAUGGAAGUCUUUUGAUGAUAGGAUGCUUUUUAGCCUAUUUUCUCUAUACUUUCGUUGGUACGCAUUGAGAUUCUAAUUCAAGCAUUUGUUACCAACAAUAGUCCUACAGUAAAUUAGUAUGAAGAAAUAUUGGAGACUGCAAAUAUCACUUUACCUGAUAUAGCUUUUGGAUACUUCUAUGGCGAUCCGUAUAAUUUAGUUUAAUUUAUAUUUAAGGUUUUCAAAAACUAUUAAUGACCCUUCUAUAUUUUACUUUCAAAUGGUUUAAGUUACUAAAUUUCAAGAUGUCUCAAAGAAAGAUAUAAAAACAUAAAUACCUUUGAAAUCUUGCAAUCCUGAUUGGAUUCCUACAUCUAAUUUCACACUUCUUUGCCCAAAGUAGAAUACAUAUCUUAAUUUCAAGCGAGUCCGCAAACAUGUCUGGAGCACUCUACCAAACUCCGGAAUUUACUUAUCCUAGAAUUUAAGUGACAUACUGUACCACAGGGAACGGAUAGGCUUGUGUAAGUUAGCAGGAAAUUGAUUAGAUUACGGCAGGGUAUAGAUUGUGCAUCAUAUUUUUCUAGUGGGAGAAUUUUAUUAUACGUUAGGGACAAUUCACCAAACUUUGAUCUUACAACUGGAAAGUCGGUAGAGAGUGUGCCCUAUUCUACUUAUUAAUACUUUCUAAUGCCUGGGUUAUAUCCCAGAACUGAAAUAUUCUUUUAACUCGAGAAAUAUACAAUCAAACCGGAUUACUUGAGAAGAUGGUCAGAUGAUGUUAGAUUAUUUUUAAGUACAGAAAAAAUAAACAGUUGGAUAACAAAUGUCACUGUUUAUAGUAGUGAUAAUGCAUAUUAAAUAGGAUUUCGAUCAGAAUUAGUAAUAAAAAUUAAAUUAAUUUUAGACCUAAUAGAUCUCUGUUUUGACUUACUAAACUUCAUUUGGUAUGAUUUCAAUUGUGGGGGCAUUUUGGGGAGUUUUGUAUGAUAUAUUAUCUAUAUUAGAUUCUCUACGUUUGCGGCGUAUUUUUUAAUUUAUAAUCAGAAUGUUUUCUAUAGAGAGAAUAAGUAGUGGGAGGAUUUUGGAAAGCAGAUUGGUGUUAGAAAAGCAGCUGAUGUAUUUAAUCUGACUGAAGAGAGACCUCAUUCAAAGGUCAACGAUUCAAUUGUAUUUGAAAUGACUGAAAUUCAUCAAGAGAACAAUGUCCAUUCUUAAAAUGAAUAGGAUGGAAUUUGA